GUCGUCGUCGUCGCUGGGUCAUAAUCUCGUUCUUGUGUUUUCGCUUUUCCUCUCGCACCCCCCAUUACAAAUCUGUCUGAUUCUCCUCGUUAUUAAGCCAGAAACCUAGACGAGGAAAGCCAGAAAAGGGUAGGAUUAGGGGUAAUUAUUAGUUCGUCACCACCCAUUGGAUUGCUAGGAGCUCCUCCUCUGGCUCUCAACAACAUCUGUUUGUUGCGUAAUUUCAGUUAGAUUUGUUCCAGAAACAAUAAAGUUUUUCUUUUGGAAUUGUGGCGUGUGAACCAAGGAAGGAACUAGGAAUAUGACGAACACAAAAUGUGAUUCCAUAGGAGAAAUCAGCACUUGUUAAGUCGUGAUGAGAUAUUCGAUUGCAAGGCUUUAGGAUAAGGAACUUUGGGAAUCCAAGGAAAAAGGGGUUUUAAAUUAUAUGGGGCGAGCAUUGGAAUCAUCUGGUGCACUUUUUCCAGUUUGCUGUUGUAAUCACAACUAUCUUAAUACUUGGAAUGGCUUGUUUCCAGAGAAAUAUUCCCACAGAGAGGGAGAAUGAGCAGGCGAUAGCAAUUCUGAAGAAAGGGGCCUAUCUAUUGAAAUACGGACGCCGUGGAAAGCCUAAAUUCUACCCUUUUCGGCUUUCAAGCGUACCAUUCAUAAACAUUCAGUUUCUUUACAAAUGCACAAACAUAGUAUGUGGCUGAAGAUUGUGUGUUUGAUAGUGAGCUUUUCUCAACUGCUUUGCAGGAUGAAAUAUAUUUGUUAUGGUAUUAUGGCAAAAAGGAGAAACGUCUUAACCUGAGUUCCGUGACAAGGAUCAUACCUGGACAGCGAACUGUAAGUUAAAUUGUAUGAAUAUCAUUUAUCUGGUAACAGUUUUGCUGCAUCUUUUUCUCAACAAACGAAUGUUCUUGUAAGAACUUUUCCAGGCAGUUUUCCGACGAUAUCCUCAACCCACCAAGGAAUAUCAAUCCUUCUCUCUUAUAUAUGGCGACCGGUCUCUGGAUUUGGUUUGUAUUUUGCCCCCCUGUGGUCUUUUUAAGGUGUUCUCACUACUGAAUCUAUAAUCUCCAUUGAGGUGUUUUCACUACUAAUCCUCAUGGAUAGGUAUGUAAGGACAAGGAUGAAGCUGAGUUCUGGCUCACUACCCUUCGAGCUCUUCUCUCACGAAACAACUCUUCUGCAUUGGUACUUCACUCAAGAAGCCGCAGUCUUGCUCCUGACAAUGGAGAACAAAGUAGUACGAGCAAGAACGCUACAUCCAACAUUAGAUCCGUCAGCAGUGACACAAGCUACGAGGUUUUUGUUGGUUAUUUUCUUUCUUCAUGAGAGCACCAUCAGGUUAUUUACUACUUAAUAUCUUCUUGUUUCAUCUGGCACUUUCGCAGGAACAUGCAAAAAAGGCCUCAGGAUCUCACAGCAACACUCCACAGAGACUGGGGAAAGUUUUCUCAGAGGUUUUGUCACAAACUGCAGUACUAAAGGCACUCUCUUUGGACGAACUGAUCCAUAAACCUCAUACUUCGCCUCCAGAGGCUAUAGAGAAUCGAUCUACUAAUCACUCCCCUGCCGUUGAUACAUGUAAAUAUAGCAUUUCCAGCGCAGUGAGCUCAUCUAGUCAAGGAUCUUCUUUUGAAGACUUGAAGUCUCUCUGUGAUGUCUUCGUUUGGGGAGAAAGUAUUGGAGAUGGGCUAUUAGGAGGUGGUAUGCACAAAAGUAGCAGCAGCUCUUCUCUAACGACUGAGUCUUUUUUGCCCAAAGUCCUGAAAUCACAUGUGGCACUUGAUGCCCAGAGUAUUUCUUGCGGCACCAAUUAUGCAGUGUUAGUCACAAAGCAGGGACAGAUGUACAGCUGGGGAGACGAAUCUGGUGGAAGGUUAGGACAUGGAGUUUGUUCCUACGUUCCACAUCCAAAACUUAUCGAUGAAUUUGACGGAGCACCUGUGGAGUCAGCUGACUGUGGAGAAUUUCAUACUUGUGCUGUAACAGCCUCAGGGGAUUUGUAUGCUUGGGGCGAUGGAGCACAUAAUGCUGGUCUCCUUGGACUUGGUAGUGAAGCUAGCCAUUGGAAACCAGUACGAAUCCUUGGUCAGAUGGAGGGUAUAAAUGUUAAAACUAUAUCUUGCGGACCUUGGCAUACAGCUUUUGUGACAUCAGAAGGUAAGCUGUUUACAUUUGGUGAUGGUACUUUUGGUGCGCUUGGGCAUGGUGAUCGUAUAAGCACAAACAUACCUAGAGAAGUCGAUGCGCUAAGUGGCUGCAGAACGAUAAAGACAGCUUGUGGUGUUUGGCAUUCAGCUGCUGUUGUCAGUGUUUUCGGUGAGGCCACAUCAUCAGGAAAGCUCUUUACUUGGGGUGAUGGAGACGAUGGGAGACUCGGACAUGGUGAUAUAGAGUCUAGACUAAUCCCAUCUUGUGUAACUGAACUGGAUACAACUAGCUUUCAGCAGGUAGCUUGUGGUCAGAGCAUUACCAUUGCUCUCUCUGUGUCUGGACAAGUUUACGCAAUGGGAAUUGCUGAUCCGAGUCAAGAUAAUGCUGUGAGAGCUCCUUCUUGCAUUGAAGGGGGUCUAGGAAAGAGUUUUGUCCAAGAAGUGGCUUGCGGGUUUCACCAUAUCGCGGUUUUGAACGCAAAAGCUGAGGUCUACACUUGGGGCAAAGGAUCAAACGGACAGCUCGGGCACGGAGACACCGAACAUAGAAGCACGCCGACUCUUGUGAAAGCUUUGAAAGGUAAACAAGUGAGGAAAGUGGUGUGCGGUUCUAAUUACACAGCAACCAUUUGUCUUCACAAACCAAUUACGGGUACUGACAGUUCUAGGUGCUCCGGUUGUCGCCAUCCUUUUAACUACAUGAGGAAGCUCCACAACUGUUAUAACUGUGGGAGUGUCUUCUGUAAUUCAUGCACUAGUAAGAAAUCCUUAGCAGCAGCCAUGGCUCCCAAAACUAACAGGCCUUACCGUGUUUGUGAUGACUGCUAUAUCAAACUCGAAGGAGUUAGAGAAUCUUUAAUAACCCCGGCGAAUAGUGCCAGAUUUUCAAAUGCAAGUCUACAAUCAAGCUGUAACGAGAUGGACGACAUUGGCAUAACACCGCAGCGUCAGCUUCUUAGGGUGGAUUCAUUUGAUUUCUUCAGACAAACUAAGAUCCCGGACCUGAAAACCAUUGGUGAAACUUCAGGAGCAAGCUGCUCAUCGUCGAGUCACUCAAAUUUGGAUACUAAAGGUAGUUUUAACAUGAAAGGCAUACGGCAACUCUCCAGGCUUACCUCUUUUGAUUCAGUUAGCCAAGAAGGCAAACAACGCACCAAGCAUUGCGCUUCAAAAUCAGACACAUCCUCUCUUAUAAGACACUCAGUGACUUCUGGUAUCCCGUUUUCACGUAGAGGUUCUGUUGAGUUGUUUCCUUUGUCAAUAAAAUCCAGCCCGGUUGAAUCCGUUGCUACAACUUCCGACAUCACCGCCGACAUUACAGAUCAUGAUUUACUACAAGAAGGGCCAAAGAAAUCCAAUCAGUGCCUGAGCCAUGAAAUAUCAGUACUCAAAGCACAGGUGGAAGAGCUUACCCUAAAAUCAAAAGAACUAGAAGAUGAACUGGGAAUGACUUCAAAGAAACUCGAAGUUGCGGUGUUAAUGGCGCAGGAUGAUGCAGAGAAGAUCAAAUCUUCAGAAGAGAUAGUUAGGUCCCUAACUCUGCAGUUGAUGAACGCAACCAAGAACGAAGUAGACAACACAAAGAGACGCCGAAGCUCAUUUUGAUUUAAAACUAUAGAGAACAACCUCUAAUCUUGAUCAAAGUAAGUGAAUAGAUUGAGAAUGUAAAAUACAAGAUUUCUCAUUUUUUGUCAAAUUACAUAUACCAAAAACAAAAGCAAAUGUAGUAAUUAGUA